GAAACACACGCACUCAUUGCUUAACUCUCGUCGCGGCUAGUCGCUACUAUGCGAAAUCGGAAAAAAUUGCUAUUAGCUUUGCUUGUGACCACCGCUUGUAUUUUCUCCUCCUUCCUGGGGACGCAGCAAUACACCGCUUUUCCGGUUUUGCCCCUUUCUCCCGCAUCUUAUUUGCAAGAGGUGAAGCCAACGACGAUCAAAACCCCAAUUAGUACCAAUGAAGCUACAACCCCAGCACCCACGACAUCGUCCUCAACGACGACAACCACUGUUGCAACAGAGACGACAACGACCCUGCGUCCUCGGGCGUUCAAUCCGAUUGACCCUGAGUCGAUCUUCUGGUCGUCGUGUCCUGAGCCAGGCCUGGGCAGAAACAGUUCCUUCGUGACGGCCUUUGUCGACGGCAGACUGGGCAACGUCGUCUGGUCCUACUUGUCCGUGUUGGCGGCGGCCAAGAGAUACAACCUGAGGCCGAUUUUCGACCAAAAGAGCUUGGACGUGCUGGCCACGAUGGCCUUUGACGAACGAUUCCUGCGAGUGCCGUCCGAACAAUGGCUGGACCAAAAAUGCGGAAUGCACGGAGAGUUCGUCAACGUUUCCACACAGAAAAUCAAGAUUGUGUCCUCCUGGAAAGACAUGUUUCGGUACGUGGAAACGCCGCCAAGAGAGGGAUUUGAAUUUUAUAAAUACAACUUCUACGUGGCCGAUUCCGAGGUGACCACUCCUUAUUGGUAUGAUCUGAAGAAGGAAUUAGUUUUGAAGGAGGAAUUUAAGAGCGAGGCAACGAGACAGCUGAAAGAGUACAAAGAUGAGUUUCAGGAGCAAAUCGGGCAAAACCUGUCGAAUAUUGAGUUUGUUGGAAUCCACGUCCGCCGCAGUGAUUACAUAUACCACAUGUCGGUCGUGUAUCCGGGCUCCACUGCUGCCGGUGCCGGAUUUUUCCACGCAGCUAUCAACUGGUUGAAGAAAAAUCUGCAGCGGCCUCUGAUCUUCGUUGUUGUCAGCGAUGACCGGCAGUGGACCGAGGAAAAUAUUGUUGGCAACAGUACUGACGUGUUCCUUGCAGGGAGCAGCAACUGGGAUCAGCCGGGGGAGGAUUUGGCCAUCCUGGCCGCCUGCAACCACACCAUCUUCGCUUACGGAACUUUCGGGCUAACAGGCGCCCUACUGGCCAACCGGCCGGGCGGAUUUACCAUCAUUUUCGACCCGCUGAACGGUACCGUCACCAAGGAAAUGGAGUUCGGCUCCAAUUUGCCUGGCUGGCGCAUCAUGGACGAGCAGGGCAACAUCCAUUACCAGGACACGAGGCUCACAUACGCGUACUUUGUGCACCCGCGCCUAGGUGCCGAGAAUAACUGAAAAGAAAAAUGCCCUCGGCAGCAGUCGAGGUUUUGCGGCCACCGAGCGAUCGAUCUCGCUCGCCCGAGACGAAAUAAAAAAAGCAGAAGGCUUCGACAAACUAACAAAAUUCCAGUGCUAACAAAUCCAGGCGAUAAAUCUGCAGCAGUGGGAAGUCUCUCGAAUUCGCAGUCGGCAUUAUGCAGAAAGUGGCGGCGAGGAAAUAAAACAAACGGUUGGACGUGUCGCUGGGUGAGUGAUAAAGCAUCGGCCGCGCCGCGAGCGAGAGAGCGAGAACUCGGGAGAAAUAUCGCACUUUCCUUUUGUUCUCCGCAAUGCUGCUAAAGAUUUAUCGGCCACUUCUGCAUAAACACACACACACACAGAAAGUGUUGGGGGCACUGAGAGACGCCUGCAAUUCUCGCAAACUGCACUCCUGACACUCUCCGGCAAAACUUUUUCACAUUCGCGAGAUAAGGCAAAAACAACCGUAAAAGACGCGUGCGCUCCUGAAAAAUUGCAAAUUGAUGAAAAAGCGCUCGCAUCCACCACAAACAAAUAAAACCGCGAUGUUUGUCAUGCAUCCGCGGAGGCAUAAAAAUUCCCAUCAAUUACGCCCAAAACCAGCGGGCGCGAGUCUGCAAACUUAAUAAUCCAUUUUAUUCAAAAAUUCACCCGCUAUCGCGAUGAGCGUGUCAGACGCAGAGAGCGGCAGCGACGUUCUGGCUCUCUUGGUGCGUAUUCGCGCUUUAUCAGACUGACUGUACACAAUACAUGGUACGCCUGAAUGUAGGCCACGUAUCUGCAACUUGUAUGCUCUGUGUAUAUUUGCGACGAGCGGGACCUCCUCCACGCGGGUCUUUGCAACAGCGCAGCAAUGCGUCAUUUAUUCUAAAUUAGAAUUUUGUGAUUGACUUGUUAAACUGACUCGCUCAGAGAUUAUUCCAGAAUCUCUUAUAUUCACCAAUCUCUAUAAUUCGUUGGCUGUCACUGUGUCGCUGCCAGCGCUGGAGUUCUUGUUCUAACCAAAUAAAAAAACACCAAAAUAACAGUAUUUUUACCUUUCUCCGAUUUUCAGCACCAAAUUAUUCAGCUGUCUGACCUAAUUCGACUCUCAGGAGUCGAUUGACACUGUCAAAAGUUAGAUUUUAAAGUUUAAGCGCGCACGAGCCCAGUUAGAGAAGUCUCGCCGAGUUGUACAACACAGCAAAACAUAUCUGCUGGUGCACUGAGGCCACAGGGCUGACAUGACAGGCUGACUGACUCCGUUGUAAGACCCUCCAGCCAUAUAGGAACUUCACACAUGGCGGAACAAGCCUGUUUUAUUCACAACUAGCACACGCAGUUGAGGCCUGGCCCAAGUUCAAACACAUGCAUGGUGUGCAGCUAGAGACUGAUUCAACCCGAAUUGAAACUGACUGAUUGUGCGAGUGGCAGUGGCAGCCAAAUUUCACCACUGUCGGCUGUAAAUGAAAGAAUCCGCAUCGAUUCACGUCAUGUCCGUCGUUUUAUUAAGUAUUGGUCUGUUCCAAACAAAUAAAAAACAUUGAAACCGAUAAAAACUUGUGUGAAAUUGAACACGAAAUAGUCUUUUUUGUUGCAAAGCACCCAUCCAAAUUAUAUGUGAGGAAAGUAGUUUCGUUCAAUUCGCACGAAAAAUCCAUCCUUGUAGAAGCGAAUGUGUCACUGCAAGUGAGACCUACAGAAUGCUAUGGAAGCACCUAGGCGUGAAAACAUUUUUGAAGCGACUCUCCGAUCGUUCCGUUCCAAUUUCUUUCGCUGUCAAGCUCUAUUCAUGGCGGUAAUAACUUGCAGGCAGGCUCCCUUGCCGUCAUUGUGCACGUGCUGAUUGAAAAAAUGUGAAUAAAUAUUGCAGAAUGA